CGCCCAGUUGCCAAGGCAGAGAGUCCAAGUGUCGUACUGUUCAGCCACAAGUUUGGGAAGCGUGGUUGGCCGAUAGAUCUAAAAUGUCUCCGAUUAAGGACCUAUGCCUGGCUUGUGAGGCUCUCAACAAAGAGGAGACUUUUUCUGAAGGAGACACUAUCACAGGCACAGUCACUUUUACUUUGGCGAAAGAAACCAAAGUUAAAAGUGUGGUGGUGAAAGCGAAAGGGGACGCGAACGUCAGCUGGUCGGAAGGCAGCGGAGACGACCAGACAACUUACACGGCGCACAAGAGAUACUUUAAACUUAAAGAGUACUUAGUUGCAGAAAAUUCCAAAGGCACUGUUCUUCCCCAAGGGCUCCAUUGCUUUAAGUUCAGGUUUAACAUUCCCCAGGGGAAUAUGCCAUCAUCCUUCAAGGGGUUUCAUGGAAGGAUUGUCUACAUGCUUGAAGCCAAGGUGCCCAGGGGCUGGCUGAGGACUUCUCAAGUACAAAAAGAGCUCAAUUUCGUUUCAAAGUCCUUUUUACCCCUUAGCCAAGUAAUGUGUCCCCAAUCUGGUUCCAUGGUUAAAGAAAUUGGGGUUUUCUCCAAAGGACAGGUCCAAAUCUCUGCUACCGUCAACACGAAGGUUUGCUCUCCAGGGGACACUUUAUCGGUUGUUGCCGAGAUUUGCAACUCCUCUUCCAAAAAAGUGAAGCCCAAAUUCCGUUUAGAGCAGAAGACAGUGUACCGCGCCAGUGGCUCCACCAAUUCUUCUGUCAAAACGCUAUGCAAAAUAGUUGGAGAGACUAUCCCACUGAACUCAGAGGAAACUGUCUCCUGCCAGUUGACGAUUCCUGCCAAUGCCAUUCCCACACUCCAGCAUUGUGAAAUCAUCUCAGUUGACCAUUACCUCAAGGUGUAUUUGGAUAUCAGCUUUGCCAUUGACCCAGAGGUGGUGUUUCCGCUGGUCAUAGUUCCUUCUAGCUUUGCCCGGGGGAUCAGCGACUUCCCCCCCCCUGUGGUGUCUAUGGGUCCCUAUCCAGCUGGGGCUAUUGGGGCCCCAAGUUACAGCGACUUCCCUCCCCCUGCUUUUCCUAUUGGUCCUUAUCCUGUACCUGCAGGUUCAGGUGCUUAUGGGUACCCAGCACCAGUUCCCACUCAAAGUGGAACCAUAAGUGGCUGUGAUAAUCAAUGGCCACAACAGGCCCCUCCAUUUGGUUUCCCAACCGCAGCUCCAUCUUUAAUGCAGCAACAAGCCCCUACAGCUCCACCUCUAGGAGAAGAAGAUCCUCCCUCUUAUAUGUCCCUUUUUUACCCUUCUCAAGACACUCUCGGUAGGACUGGGUCAGAGCACAAAAGCUGAGCUUCAAAAAGAACACAAAUCUCCCUCCAGACUGUUUAGAAUUGGUCUGAAAGACAUACCAAAUUGUUGGAAAUGUAAGACACAGGACGGCCAACGAAUUCAUGUCCUAUUGUUCUGUGAUAAAGUCUGGGAAUUUUAGACCGGGAUACAUAAUAACCUAUGUUGGAUUGCAGGGACUUCCAUUCAUCAGUCAGUUGUAUUUUUUGUAUUUUGUAAAUUAAUAAAAAAGUUGUUAAU